AUGGUCCAGCAGAACCAAUAUGGAGGCUUGCCGCACGAGGAUCCCAAUAUCUAUUUGGCCACUUUUCUGGAGAUUUGUGACACAGUGAAGAUUAAUGGAGUGAGUGUCGAGAUCAUCCAUUUGAAACUCUUCCCAUUUUUCUUGCGAGACCGGGCUCGGUCAUGGCUUCAAUCUUUACCAUCAGGGAGUGUAGCCGCAUGGGAGGACAUGGCCCAAAAGUUCCUCAUCAAAUUCUUUCCGCCCUCCAAGACGUCUCAACUGAGGGCCGAGAUUACUCAAUUUUGGCAGUUUGAGUAUGAACAAUUAUAUGAGGCGUGGGAACGGUUUAAAGAGAUGCUCCACAAGUGUCCUCAACACGGUAUUGAGGUAUGGUUCCAAGUUCAACUUUUCUACAAUGGGCUUACUAGGCAAACUAAGGCUCAUAUUGAUGCAGCGGCUGGUGGAACCAUCUUGUCAAAGAUACCCGGGGAUGCACUCAAUCUCUUUGAGGACAUGGCAAUGAAUAGUUGUCAAUGGCAAAACGAGCGGUCCACUGUGAAGAGAGCAGUAGGAAUUUAUGAUGUGGAUCAAACGACGUCUCUCAUGGCUCAAAUGGCGCUCUUGACUAAUCAAAUCCAGGGACUUACCGCAGCUAAUGCCAAUGGUAAUCAAGAAGCUGUAAAGAUGGCACAAGCUUCGAGCUCAAGUGAUUCAUAUGAUGAGCAAUGUCACUUUGUCAACCGUAGCUACAAUUUUAGGCCCAACAAUAACUUACCGACAUACUAUCAUCCCGGGCUCAGAAACUAUGAGAAUUUCUCUUAUGCCAACAACCGGAAUGUUUUACAACCAACUCUGGAGUCGAGUAAACCGGCAAUGGAAAAGCCUUCCUCAUCACUUGAAGAGCUUUUGAAGAUGUAUAUUGUGGACUCUAAGGCUCGUCUUGAUCAACAUGACGCUCCUCUCAACAACAUUGAAACUCACUGCACCAAUUUGGGAGGCACUAUGAAGGCACUAGAAACACAAGUUGGCCAAUUGGCUAAUGCUAUAAAAGGGCAAUCAUCAAGGUCCUUCCCAAGCAACACCGAGAAGAACCCAAGGGAGCACAAGGAGCCUAUCAAGAGUAACGAUGAUGGUAAGGACAAGUCAAAGGAGGAAAAUCUGAAGGCGAAGAAGGAAGCACCGGUGGUUAGACCAGGUUCGAUCACUUUUUCGGAUAACCCACCUCGUAUCACUCCCCCAUUGCCAUUCCCUCAACGGUUCCAGAAGAAGGCGCUUGAUGAGCAAUUUGAAAAAUUUCUCAAUAUCUUCAAGAGGAUCCACAUCAACAUCCCCUUCGUGGACGCUCUAGAGCAAAUGCCAAACUAUGCCAAAUUCAUGAAGGGAGUUAUGUCCAAGAAGCUCAAACUCGAGGACUAUGAGACAGUGAAGCUUACAGAAGAAUGUAGCGCUAUCAUAAAGAGACAACUAUCGGAGAAAUUGAAGGAUCCGGAAAGUUUUACCAUCCCAUGUAAAAUUGGCGGGUCAACUUUUGAGAGAGCUCUUUGCGACCUAGGAGCUAGCAUAAACCUCAUGCCUUUGUCGGUGCUUCGAAAGCUUGGGCUUGGAGAGGUCACCCCUACAACCAUCUCCUUGCAAAUGGCGGAUAGGUCCAUUACCUACCCAUGGGGAAUCAUUGAAGACGUAUUGGUAAAGGUGGAUAAGUUCAUCUUCCCCGUUGAUUUUGUAGUUUUGGACAUGGAAGAAGAUCAAGAAAUCCCCAUUAUCCUUGGAAGGCCAUUCCUAGCUACCGGAAGGGCUUUAAUAGAUGUGCACAGUGGGAACUUGACUCUAAAGGUCAAUGAGGAGAAAGCCAUCUUCAACAUCUUAAAUCCCAAGAAGUCUCCGCAAGAAAAGCCGACAUGCAACCGAGUGGAGGAAUUGAAAUCUUGUAUCAAGGAGUUCACUCAAGAAGUUAUGCCGAAAGAUUCUUUGGGGAAUGGUCCUACCAAUUCCCUAACCAUAAUAAAAUUGAGCAAUGAACAUUGUCCCAAGAAAGAUGAUGCGGGGGAGUAUAUUGUAAAGAGGGCUGAAGCCAUUGCCACCCCGAUGAACAAUGAAAUGGUGGUGGCCAAGAAGAAAGCCAAGAAGAAGCACGACCAACGAACCUCGUGGCAAGAUCUCACUCCGGGCCAACGCGUCCUUCUUUUCAACUCUCAAUUGAAGCUCUCCCCUGAAAAGGUGGAGUCAAGAUCAUCUGGAACAUUUAAGAUCAAGCGAGUGUUUUCAUUCUGUACCAUUGAGCUAAAACCAGGAGGAUGA